UGCGACAGCCUGAUGGAGACCACAGUCGGGGCGGUGGCCAAUCUCACCAACUCCACUUCGGACAUGCCCACCUACCUCAAGGUGCUUCCCUACGCCGUCAUCGUCUGCUACCUGCUCAUCUGCGCGCUCGGCCUCAUCGGGAACGGCCUGGUCAUCUACGUCGUCCUCAUGUUCGCCAAGAUGAAAACGGUGACCAACAUGUACAUCCUGAACUUGGCGCUGUCCGACGUCCUGUUCCUGACCAUGCUCCCCAUCCUGGCCACCACGUCCAUCGUCCAGCACUGGAUCUUCGGCUUCGCCAUGUGCAAGAUCUACUUCGUCGUCUACAGCAUCAACCUGUUUGGUGGGGCCUUCAACCUGUGUCUGAUGAGCGCGGACAGGUACAUGGCGGUCUGCCACCCCAUUCGUUCCCUGAGGUACCGUACUCCAAGAAUCGCUUUGUUCCUCUGCCUGUGUAUCUGGUCGCUGGCGUUUCUCGUCAUGAUGCCUACCAUUCUCUACAGCAAGACCAUGGACCACCGUAUAUUUAAAGGAAAAUACUCAUGCAAUAUUAAAUGGCCCGAAAAUCAGGCCAUCUCGUCCGACAAAGCCUUUAUUUGGUAUUCCUUCAUCCUGGGCUUCUCUAUCCCCGUCUCCCUCAUCUCCGUGUUCUACGUGCUGGUCAUACUGAGGCUGCGUCACGUGGGGCCCGCAAAGAAGUCGAAAGAAAAGCGGAAGUCCCACCGCCGCGUCACUCGCCUUGUGCUGACCGUGAUCGCUAUAUACAUUGUCUGCUGGCUGCCUUACUGGGUCUUCCAAGUUGUUCUUGUGUUUCAAAACUAUAAGAUUAGCUCGCCCUCGAAGGUGUUGCUCUUCAACUUCUUCACCAUCCUCUCCUACGCCAACAGCAUGCUCAACCCAUUCCUUUACGCUUUCCUCAGCGACAACUUCCGGAAGAGUUUUCUCAAAGCCUUCAAGUGUGUGUCCAGCAUCGAGGCCAACAGGUCUGUGUGUAAUGAGAAUAGUGUGUUUCCCAGGACCAGUCAAACCUACACGCGCAGUGGCGUCACGUCUGAGGAGAGGAUGGAGCUGUCAUCCAUGGAG